UGACCUGCUUUCCUUUCAUUCACUUUGAUCCGAUGCAUUCAUGGCCAAAAGAUUCACUCCCUUGCUGUAUUCCUGAGCUGAUUAAGAUAGAAUUGCAUAUACCAAGUUGUUGGUGAUCAUCUGCUGAUAUGCCCAAAUGCCACAUUCUUCCCAUUCAGUUUAGAGGUGCUGAUUAUUCAACAGGGGACAACAUACCCACCAUGAUUUUAAGGCACUUUGAUCAUCUCAAAAGUCAAAAUUCAUUCUUUCCAGAACCAACGAACAUGCAACUGUUAGAAUAUCUUUUGGUUUGACGUAUUUUCAGGGAAGAACUUGCUUCCUUCUUGGGGUGAUCGCAAAAUGGCAUUUUCUGCAAGCAAGAUGCCAAGUUGUCCUGGGAUGACUUGUUCCUAUGGAAUAUCAAAUAACGUUGCCAAGUCUGUGCAACGGAAUAAAUUUCACUGUCCGAGUCAAGGAGUGGAACUAAGGCAGCUAAACUAUGGAUGUCUGUUGACAGAUAAAAGUAACUACUCUAAUGAUGGGUUGUGGCGUAUGUAUAGUAAACCAGUUAGUUUAUCUGUCUCUCAGAGAUCGAUUGUCGCACACCAUUCGAGGGGCACUCAUAAUACCAAAGAGAAAGGUGACAUUAUGACUUAUGGUGAUUGUGCAGAGAACACUAGUGCACAGACUAGAGAAAAAGAUACACAUCAAGUCUUUCCUGAGAGAACUAUUAGUUCUGGUCGGGGCUUAACUGAAGCUUGUAAAUUUGUUUUCAAUGAUGCAAAGUUUGUAAACGAAAGGGCUCGGAAUGACAUUAUCCUGCUGUCUCGUGGCAUAUUGAGAUUGGAUGCUCGUGUGCGUCAAGAUGUUGCUAUUCUUGGGUCAGAGUUUCUUAAGCUUGAUGCUCGGGCAAGAGAGGAUACUGAAAAAAUUGACCGUAAGGUGAAGAAGAAAGCUGAGCGCCUGCAUCAUAUUGCUAGGAUCUUAAAAGACAAAGCAGAGUCUAGGUUGAAAAGUGUUGCCGAUAAGCAUUGGAGUGACGGAGCCUUAGAGGCUGAUCUGCGCCGUGCUGACAUCCGUGCCAAACAACGUGCAAUGCAUGACGCCCUAAUGGCUUUGGAGUUUGUUAAAGAUAUUCAUGAAAUGAUGUUGAACAAGACAUACAAUUUUCCUCUGCAGAGAGUAAAUGGUAUUCAGUCAGAAAAUGAUAAAUCGGGGCGUAUAAUGCUUGAAAAGAAUGGCAUUACUCUUAAUUUCCCUCCAGGGGUAAUAUCUAGUGAUCAAAUUACUGCAGUUCAGGAAGCUUACUGGAGUAUGGCAUCUGCCCUCUCUGAAGCUGAUGGAAUUGACUAUACUGAUCCUGAAGAGCUCGAGUUGUUAAUUGCAGCUCUUAUAGAUCUUGAUGCCAUGGAUGGUAAAAGUAGUGUGUCCUUGUUGGCAGAGUGUUCCAGUUCCCCUGAUGUCAGUACUAGGCGAGCAUUAGCCAAUGCUCUGGCUGCAGCUCCAUCUAUGUGGACUCUGGGUAAUGCAGGAAUGGGAGCCUUGCAGAGACUGGCAGAAGAUAGCAAUCCAGCAAUUGCUGCUGCAGCAACUAAAGCUAUCUAUGAACUUAAGAAGCAAUGGGAGAUAGAGGAAGGAGAUAGCUGGAGGUUUACAAUGAAUCAAUAUAGCAUGGAAGAGAAAGGGGACGACCAAGAAGCUGAUAAUAAUUCUGAUACAGAUUAUAGAAUUUAGACAAUUUUAGUGUAGAUAUUCUGCUAUCUACUGAGAGAUUUUAAUUAGUUUAGGAUUAAAAAAAACUGCUAAUACAAAGUCAUUUUAACUCCUGUAAAUAUAUGCUAUAGCUUUAUUUUAUUAUAUUCUGAUUAUAUAUAUAUAUAUAUAUAUAUAUAUAUUGAAGUUGGGAAA